GGAAAACGUGGUGGCAAAUACGCGGAGCUCGUCCUUGAGAGGGCUUUGGACCGCGAGGAGCAGCAGGAGCUGCAUUUGGUGCUCACGGCUGUGGACGGGGGCUCGCCGCCCAGGUCGGGCACGGCUGAGGUCCGGGUGGUGGUGCUGGAUGCCAACGACAACGUGCCGGUGUUCUCGCGGGAGGUGUACGAGGUGCGCGUGGCCGAGAACAGCCCCCCGGGGCAGCUGGUGGUGCGGGUGUCGGCCGCGGAUCCCGACGAAGGCUCCUACGGCAAAGUGCGGUACGAAUUCACACAGACGUCACCGGGGUCCCGUCAGCUCUUUGAUCUGGACGCUGAGACCGGGGAGAUUCGCAUCUCGGGCAAUCUGGAUUUUGAGGAAGCAGAAACGCACGAGCUGGUACUAAAAGCCACGGACGGCGGCGGUCUGUCUGCGCACUGCAAAGUGCACGUGGAGGUGCUGGACGUGAACGACAACGCGCCGGAGAUCGAGCUGAGCUCCGUGAGCGCGUCCAUCCCCGAGGACGCCCCGCCGAGCACCGUGGUGGCCCUGCUGAGCGUGCGGGAC